GGCGCGCGCCUCGCCCACCCGGGUCGACCCCGAAAGCGCGCGCGCGGGUGGGCGGGAGGGGGCGGGACGGAAGCGCGCACCUCGAGGAAAGCUCGAGAGACCCAGGCCCAGCGCGAGGGGCGCCCCUAGGAAAAGCGGGACUUUGGGAGGGGCCGUUUCCUGCCCCUUCGCCCCAAAGAAAGAUUCUAACCCCCUCCAGACCCAAAUGCCACUCUCCUGGACAAACAGUGUCAGAGAGAAAGGGCGACCACCAAGGGUGAUUUCUGCGAUGGCCCCAACCUCUCUGAUUCCUGGCCGGGGUCGGUAGUCAUGGUAACCCUUCCGCGGUCUGGAACCCUCCCCCUUUGUGGUUAUGAAUUCCCAAACCUGCCCUGUCACUGGACUUGGGGAAGGUUGCUAAGGUAACCUAAGCCCCUGGUGGUCCUUCUGCCCCCACCCUCAUUCGGUUACUAUGGCAACUUCACCUAGCACUCAGGUAGCAAGGACCCCAGCCCCAAGGACACUGCUGAAAGAACACCUCUUUCCCAACCCCUCCCCCUAGCCGCCCAGCUGGCAUUGCCAUGGUAACCGGCUCCCCCCCUCUUUCUCAUCGUGGGAGGCCUGUGGCCCAAACCAACCAGGUGUUUUUAUUUAGAGGAGAAGAUGCUCUGCGGAGGACUAGUUGCUAUGGUUACAGGGCCUGGACCAGGAGGUGGAGAAGGGCAAGGUCAAGCCCUGGUUACUAUGGUAAGAUGAAGCCGUACUCUCUUGUGCAAAAUUGGCUGAUUUGGGGUUUUCUGGUCCUUGUUCCCUCAGCAGUGCAUUUGAGCUGGUCUGGAACCGCCCACCGGGAGCUCCCACCGCAGCCUAGGAGGAUGCCCUGGAGGCCCAGCUAGGGCCCGACUUUGGCCCCAUGCGGCUCACCCGCUGCCAGGCUGUCCUGGCAGCCGCCAUCACGUUCAACCUCCUGGUCCUCUUCUAUGUCUCGUGGCUACAGCACCAGCCCAGGAACUCCCGGGCCCGGGGUCCCCGCCGUGGAGCUGCCGCCGGCCCCCGCGUCACCGUCCUGGUGCGCGAGUUCGAGGCCUUCGACAACGCGGUGCCAGAGCUGGUGGACUCCUUCCUGCAACAGGACGCAGCCCAGCCGGUGGUGGUGGCCGCCGACACGCUCCCCUACCCACCCCUGGCCCUGCCCCGGGUUCCCAACGUUCGUCUGGCGCUACUCCAGCCCGCCCUGGACCGGCCCGCCGCCGCCUCGCGCCCCGAGACCUAUGUAGCCACCGAGUUCGUGGCCCUGGUGCCCGACGGGGCUAGGGCCGAGGUACCGGGCCAGCUGGAGCACAUGGUGGAGGUGCUCCGGGCCGGAGGCGCACGCCUGGUGGCCGCCCCCGUCGCCUCCGCCAACCCCGCCCGCUGCCUGGCCCUGAACGUCAGCCUGCGCGAGUGGACCGCCCGCUACGGCCCCGCCCCGUCCGCGCCCCGCUGCGACGCCCUGGACGGAGACGCCGUGGUGCUCCUGCGCGCCCGCGACCUCUUCAACCUGUCGGCGCCCCUGGCCCGGCCGGUGGGCACCGGCCUCUUCCUGCAGACGGCGCUCCGCGGCUGGGCCGUGCGGCUGCUGGACCUGCCGUUCGGCGCGGCGCGCCUGCCCCCGCUGGCCACGGCCCACGCGCGCUGGAAGGCGGAGCGCGAGGGGCGCGCGCGGCGGGCGGCGCUGCUGCGCGCGCUGGGCAUCCGCCUGGUGAGCGGGGAGGGCGGGCGGCUCGAGUGGUUCGGCUGCGGCAAGGAGACGCCGCGCUGCUUCGGGACGGUGGUGGGCGACACGCCGGCCUACCUGUACGAGCAGCGCUGGACGCCGCCGUGCUGCCUGCGCGCGCUGCGCGAGACCGCCCGCUACGUGGUGGGCGUGCUGGAGGCGGCGGGCGUGCGCUACUGGCUGGAGGGCGGCUCGCUGCUGGGGGCCGCCCGCCACGGGGACAUCAUCCCGUGGGACUACGACGUGGACCUGGGCAUCUACCUGGAGGACGUGGGCAACUGCGAGCAGCUGCGCGGCGCCGAGGCGGGCUCGGUGGUGGACGAGCGCGGCUUCGUGUGGGAGAAGGCCGUAGAGGGCGACUUCUUCCGCGUGCAGUACAGCGAGAGCAACCAUCUGCACGUGGACCUGUGGCCUUUCUACCCCCGCAACGGGGUCAUGACCAAGGACACGUGGCUGGACCACCGGCAGGAUGUCGAGUUCCCCGAACACUUCCUGCAGCCUCUCGUGCCCCUGCCCUUCGCUGGCUUCGUGGCGCAGGCGCCUAACAACUACCGUCGCUUCCUGGAGCUCAAGUUCGGCCCCGGGGUCAUCGAGAACCCCGAGUACCCCAACCCGUCACUCCUGAGUUUGGCGGGAAGCGGCUGAGGCUCCAGCGGCCGCUCCUGGGGUCGGGAGAAGAACGCUCAUGCGCGGGGAGCUGGCCUUUGCUUUGGCGCCGCUGGCGUUUGGUGGGCGGGCCGGCGAUGCCCAGCUGCCCUGCAAGGCCGAGCACAGGCCCGGACGUCGAGGACCUACGCUGCCCAAGGUUUCCGAGAGCGUGGGCUUUAUUCAGGGCACGGACAGUUUUUGUAAAGAGGAAAGCGUGUGGGUUCUGGGCUGGACUGCCGCGACCAAAACCCCAGCUCUACCUACCACUUGCGACUUAGGUGGGCCUGGGCGACUGUCCCAGCUUCUCUGUGCCUCAGUUUCUUCCGGGAUUCAAUGAGCGCCCUCUGUCCGGCUCACAGUCCGUGGGGCACUUGGUUGCUGGGGCUGCUUCCGCCACCAGAGGGCGCCGUUGUCCUGCUGUGGGGCCAAGGCGCCGGUAAGCCUGUCCCCUCCGUGGUUCUGUAGCUUUCCUGACUCUUGAGUCUUAGGCCUCUCUAAUCCCCUGUGUCUUGCAGGACCGGAGAACUAUCGCCCUUCGGGAGCCCCGGGAGGUGCAUGCUGCUCUUGACCUCCUCUUCCAGGGGAGGGAACAGGCUCAGAGCCCUGAGCUGCAGCUAUGGUUAAGAACCGGGUCCUGGAUGCCGGCCCCACUCCAUGUUAACGGUGUUACCUCAUUAUUUCAGCUCUCUGCACCUGUUAGCCCACGGCAAGGCCGGAUUAACAGUCGUCAUAACUCACGUUACCCAGCACAUACCGUGUGCCAGGCAUCCUUCUCAGUAUUUCACACAGAUUCACUGAUUUAUGUCUCACCCCCAGGUCCUGAGGUGAGAGCUGCUAUUAUUUCCAUUUUACAGGGGAGCAAACUGAGGUCGGAAUGGUAAAGCCAUUUGCCCAAGGUCAGACAGCUUGGGAAGUGACCGAGCAGGGACUUGAACCCAGGCAGUCAGUCUGGAGCCCACACAGAAGUUGGAUACUAUGCCCCUCUCUGUGGUACUGCUCUGCCUCUCCGAAACUCUGCUUUGCACCUAAGAAAUGGAGGUGACUGGGUGCUGGGUGGCACUUGAGUGGUAAAGGGGUCAGGAAUCAAGGCUGGGGUUGGCUCCUGGCUUGGCCACUGGUUUUCCUGGUCAUCUUAGGCAAGUCACGGCCUCCCUGAACCUAUAGGUCGGGUGUGGGGGAUCGGUGUCAUUGCAGACACAUGAAGCCCUUGGAGGAGGAGACCUCACAGGCCAGCAAGAGGGAAGACGAAUGCAAAUUUGUCCCAGUCUCCUGAGACUCAGAUGUCCAAAGCCUGACUUCUUAGAACACAGCCUCUGUCUUUAGCCACCGAACCCGCAAAUGGCCCCGAGACUGUUGGGUUUCCGUGGAGCGUUUGGGAAACAUACGGGGAUGAUUUGGGGUGAUCACGGGGUGCUCCUGGCUCUCCAGAGCCACGGCCCAGGGAUGGAGACGUCCCAUAAUAUGCAGGGCGUCUCCACCUAAUAAAACAUCGUCCCUUGUCACGUGCGGUUUUGAAAUGCCCCACAGGGCAUUCGUGAAGGAUGUGUGAUGUCUAAAACCUUUUGUAACAGGCACAGUAAUAUAAAUUAAUAUAUAAGUUAA